GCGGGAGACGCAGAUAGGGGCGAAGUUGAGAGUGAAUGAGUGAGAAAGGGAAAGGAUAGAAUGUAGAAAUGGAGGUUGAACAGUGAAGAAUAAAGGCUAAUUCUUGAAGAGAAAAACGAGAGAGAUCAGAGGGUCAGUUAAGUGUUAUACAUAAUCUGAGAAAAAAAAUGACGACGGGGUUCGUUCAAGAACAAAAUCUUGAGAAACAAAUUGAGAAGCAAAUGGGUUGCAUGGCUGGUUUUCUUCAGAUCUUUGAUCGCCACCAUCUCCUCACGGGCAAACGAAUCUACUCCACCAAGCGCCUCCCUUCAACUCCGGCCGUUGAUUCGGCAGUUGAAUCAGAGAACAGUGUUGAGUCGUCUCCGGCGGUUUCAAGAGAACUGGAGAAGCCACAGAAUCAGCAUCAUCAUCAUGAGGGAAGAUCAAUGCCUUCACCGGACCGGUUCAAGCAAUCUCCGGUAUCGGAGUUGCGGUCUCCGGCGCAGGAUCCUACAACGACUCCGGUGGAGAUGCAAAGCAAAUUGACGCUUCCCUUUCCAGUUUUCGAAUUCAAGGAAGGUACAAGGGCGUCCUGGAAGUUCUGCAAAGAAGCUCCUCGCCUUUCUCUCGAUAGCCGAGCUGUUGUUGACGCCAAAGGAAGCCUCAAACCGAGAGAAAUCCGUUCAAAUGCGGCGAUUUUAUCAUCAAAUCGUUCCGAGAACAAUGAGGAAGGCGUAGAUGACAACGAGAAGCGGCGGCGGUCGACAAGUGUAAUCGCGAGACUGAUGGGACUCGAACCGUUGCCAAAUUCGGAUCCUGAACCGGCCAAAAGAGCUGAGCUGAGAAGAUCCGCUUCAGAAUCCAGAGUAUCCAAAGACUUCCAUCAAUAUCGAUUCAUCGAUGGAGUAAAUUUUCAGUUAAAACAGUCACAGUCGCUGGCCGCGAACUCGCAGAGCAACAAUUCGAGCAAUGGAAUCAGCCAAAAUAAUAAUGCAGGUAGAGAAGAGCGUGCAGUGAAUGGAAGACAAGUUGAUCCAAAGCAAUUCACUGUACGAAAUAUAAGAGGUGAGGCAGCCAAAGCACCGCAGAGAAGAGGAGGUAUAGGACCAAGAAAGAGUUUCUUUGACUCUGCCGAUUUCUUCCCUGAGCCAAAACAGACCGUUUCCAUUUAUGGGGAGAUUGAGAAGAGGCUUAAAAUGAGAAGAAUCGACGAGCCUUCAAAGGAUCUCGAAACGCUAAAACAAGUCCUUGAAGCAUUGCAACUCAAAGGCCUUUUACACCAGAAGAAACCCUCCGCCGCCCAAGCGAAUCUCAGAAACUUCGUUUAUGAUGAAUCUCCCAUCGUCGUCAUGAAGCCGGGAGCUAAUCGGCAAGGGCGAGUCGGCAGUAACUCAUAUCCUUCGAGCGUAAGAUCGAGACCUGAACCUCGCCGGAAUUUAAAUUUCUCCGGUGCGAUGUCGCCGGCGGUUAGCCCGCGGCGUGACAGACGGGAGUUUGAACUGAAUAUGCGGAACCAGAGCCAAAGCAGAGGACGUAAUUCGAUUUCUCCAACUCGAAGUGACACCGGAGUGAAGAGUCCGAGCAGAAGAAGACCUUUGAGUGUUGAGACUCAGAGGAAAUCCAACAAUGAGUCUAUGGAGCAGGGAAGAGGUUCUUAUAAUAUUAACAUGAGGAGGACGGUAUCAGAUCAGACCCCCAACCGAUCACCCAGAAUGACAAAACCAGCGGCGGAGAUUCGUCAGAAAAACGAAGCUGAGGACGAAAUAUCCACCGUUUCUGAGUGCAGUAUGAGCACUUCUUCUCAAACCGAUACCGAGCGAUCGAAAGCGGAGGAAUACAGGGAAGGGAGGAGUUUGUUAGAGAGAUGUGAUAAACUGCUACACAACAUAGCAGAGAUAACAGCGAGUGAGUUGCAACCGAGUCCCGUCUCGGUGCUUGACUCGUCCUUUUACAAGGAGGAGUCGUCUCCUUCCCCGGUCAUGAAACGGAGCAUUGAUUUCAAAGAGUUGCAGAUUGAAUCAGAGGAUGAUUUAUGGUGCCCAGCGAUCUCAUCUGUUGAAUCAAAAUCUGUGGGCAAUUCUGAUUUUGUUUAUAUUUCCGAUAUCCUUUGUGCAUUGAAUUAUCUACCCGAGGAUUCAGAUGUGUUCUUGUUACUCGAGAAGCAGCAAUAUCUCAAGGGAAAGGAUGCUUCCAAGGUCUCAACACUCGAAAGAAAGCUUAUUUUUGAUACUAUUGGUGAGAUUCUUAAUAGAAGGAGACAACUCCCUCCAUGGAAAGUUAUCUCUUAUACUAACUCCAACUCCAGGCAUUCAUCGUUGCAACAAAUCUGGUCUGAAUUUCAGAAACUCCGAGAGAGAGACUCUUCAGAGGACUUGUUUAAUGCCAUUUGUGGUGUGCUGAGAAAAGACCUUGCUGGGGAUGCAAUCAACGGGGAUUGCCCGAUUGAGAUGUCUGAGGCUGUCCUUGAUAUAGAAAGAUUGAUCUUCAAAGAUUUGAUCAGUGAAACCAUCCGAGAUCUUGCAGCAUUUUCUGGGAACUGCAAUCCUGUACCAGUGCUCCGUAGAAAGUUAAUAUUCUAAAAGGGAGGGAACGAAAACAGGCUCAAGCUUUCUGCUCUAUAAGUAUUUCUUUUUUUUCCACUUAAUUAAGUUUGACAUUUUGUUUAAGAGAUUUGGGAGGUGUUUGGUCUUGAUUUACCUGAAAUCCAGGCUUAUCUAACGUUUCACUUUUGGAAAAUGUAAAAAAGUGCAAAAAAAUGUUGAAGACCACAACUGAAAAUGUUGUUAAGAGAGGUGUGAAUGUGAGCGUAAAUUUGAAGCAUAUAAUAAAUAUUCAAAAGGA